AUGUCUGAAUCCGCCCCGUUGCUCUCCUCAUUCCAGACGAGUGAUGAGUUCCCUAGUAUCUUGCAGGGCAAGAAGAUCUUGUUGGCAACAGAAUCAUGGGGCCCAGUCAAUGGAGUUAGUCGCACCACUCGCAGUCUCGUCGAGUACUUGCAAGAUCAUGGUGUGAAUCUUAUUCUAGUCGCGCCCGAUUUCAAAGGCGAUACUACUAAGCAAACACAACCAUGGGAACGACGACUCCCAGGAUGCGCCCUGCCUUAUAACCCGGAUUUGACUGUCGUUUAUCCAUUCCAUAUUGGCCAUGUAUAUCGACAAGCCUUCAAACCCGAUAUCAUCUACCUGGCCAGUCCCGCAUCGUUGGGUUUCCAGAUGUUGUUACAGAUUCGCCAGUUACGCUCGUCACCCCCCGUGCUUCUCAACUUCCAGACAGAUCUAUCCGCCUAUUCUGAGAUCAUGCUUCCUGCACCGCUGGACCAGUUUGGGGUCUGGUUGCUGGGGGUGGUGCAGGGCUUCCUGUUUCGCUCCCGUGCCGUCCAUACCAUCUUUUACCCGUGUUCGGCCAUUCGUGGCUACCUCAAGCACGUCGGGGCCCCCGUUGACCGAAUGGUCCAGCUAGGUCGUGGAGUUGAUACCGCUCUCUUCACACCGGAUCAGCGAGACGAAUCCUAUCGCCAGGAGAUCGCCCCGGAUGGUGAAAUCAUUCUCAUCUGCGUGUGUCGCAUUGCACCAGAGAAAGGGUUUGAAUUCCUCGCCCAAGUCGCCAGGCGUUUGGCCGUGGAGAAAGUCCCUUUUAAAUUACUCAUUGUUGGGGGAAAUCGCAACCCAGUCGUUGAAAAUAAGGUCAAACGGCUAUUUGCCGAAGUUUCGAACCACAUCGUCUUUACGGGCUUUCUCACUGGAGUCUCUUUGGCUCGGGCCUACGCCUCGGCUGACCUCUUCCUCCAUUGUUCUGUCACUGAGACCUUUGGACUAGUCGUUCUCGAGGCUAUGGCCAGUGGGAUCCCCGUUAUUGCCCGUGAUCAGGGUGGACCAUCCGAUAUUAUUCGACAUGGUCAGACCGGAUUUCUUGUUCCACCGCAGGAUCUCGACCAAUUUACCCUUUUGACACGAAAGGUCACAGAAAACGCAGCUCACCGGAAGAAUCUCGCGAUCGCGGCCCGGCGACAAGCAGAGGACACCACCUGGGAGAAGAUCAACCGUCGUGCAGCCUGGCAGAUAGCUGAGGCGCUGACACAUGCCGACCAAGAGUCGCACGGCCCUUCGCCCCGGGUCGGAUCGGGAAUCAUCGCAUGGGUCAUCGAGCAAGUCUGCUUGGUGCUGGCCGUCGCGGUGGUCUAUGGCAUGUGGCUAAUCGCCGUGGUACCCUUGAUAGUUCACGGGCACCGUUUCGUUCCACGCGUAUGGCAAGCGUUGCGGAAUCAAUUCCAGUGGAGUCGCCCACAGCCCCGGAGUUGA